AUGGCCGGGAUUGAACAGUGGUCUGCGGCGGAGAACGGGAACGGAAACGCACCCGUGACCGCAAAAGGAUCGAGCAGAGAACUGAGACAUGGAAGAACAGCUCACAACAUGUCUUCUUCCUCGCUGAGGAAGAAAUCAGACCUCAGGGUGAUCCAGAAGGUUCCUUACAAAGGUCUUAAAGAUUUUCUCGCCAAUCUCCAAGAAGUCAUUCUCGGCACAAAGCUUGCCAUCCUUUUUCCUGCCAUUCCUGCCGCCAUUAUCGGCACAUACUGCGGCUUCAGUCAGCCUUGGAUAUUUGGACUGAGCUUGCUAGGACUCACUCCUUUGGCUGAGCGAGUCAGCUUUCUGACAGAGCAACUAGCUUUCUACACCGGUCCUACAUUGGGUGGUCUACUGAACGCAACGUGUGGAAACGCGACUGAAUUGAUUAUCGCAAUUCUGGCAUUGACCAACAACAAAGUCGCAGUGGUGAAAUACUCGCUGCUUGGUUCGAUUUUGUCGAACCUUCUAUUGGUUCUCGGGACUUCACUCUUUUGCGGUGGAAUCGCUAAUCUUCGAAGAGAGCAGCGGUUUGACCGGAAACAAGCCGAUGUGAACUUCUUCUUACUUCUAAUGGGAUUGUUGUGCCAUUUGCUGCCAAUGUUGUUGGGAUAUGUGGCACACGAAGGCACUCCGGCUGCUGUUAUCUCCGACAUGUCACUGAAUCUAUCACGAGCCAGCAGUAUUGUUAUGUUGAUGUCUUACAUCGCGUAUCUCGUUUUCCAGCUUUGGACUCACCGCCAAUUGUUCGACGCACAAGAUCAGGAAGACGAGUAUGAUGACAGUGUCGAGGAAGAAACCGCUGUGAUUGGAUUUUGGAGUGGAUUUUCCUGGUUGGUUGGUAUGACCCUCGUCAUCGCCUUGCUAUCGGAAUAUGUUGUUGCCACCAUUGAGAACGCAUCGGAAACAUGGGGCCUAUCAGUGAGUUUCAUAAGUAUCAUAUUGCUUCCCAUCGUUGGAAACGCGGCUGAACACGCUGGAGCCAUCAUUUUCGCGUUUAAGAACAAGCUCGACAUAUCUUUGGGAGUAGCGUUAGGCUCUGCCACUCAGAUUGGCUUAUUCGUCGUUCCUUUGACCAUUAUCGUGGCGUGGAUUCUAGGGAUCAAUAUGGAUCUCAAUUUCAAUCUCCUCGAAACCGGUUCUCUUGCUCUUUCCAUUAUCAUCACAGCCUUCACAUUACAGGAUGGGACUUCUCACUACAUGAAGGGACUUGUUCUCUUGCUUUGCUAUAUCAUCAUUGCCAUUUGUUUCUUCGUCGACAAAAUUCCUCAGAAACAACCAAAUGGUGUUCAAAUGGGAUUUCAACCGAUGAACAAUAUCGUCAACGCAAUCGGCAAAAGAGUCUUCUCAUCUUAG